AAAGCCAACCCCCCAUCAACGUUUUGACUGACUGGCAAGUAUGUUUGUCUCACCUAAAUACAUUCUCUCUUUUUUCUUUCUUCCCUUUCUCUAUUCUCCUCCACUCACUCCUUCAAUUCCCACCUCAACCAAUUCCAUCCAAUGCUUUAUUUCACUUUUAGAAACAAAGUUUCAGUUUACCCUGAAUCAGUUGGAUUUUCCAAACUUUCACCAACUGGGUACACUUGAAAACAGUUCAGGGCUCCUGAUUCAGCAUAAAGUUUUAAUUUUUCGUUCAUUUAUUAUAUGUGUCUUCAAUUCAACUUGGAUUUGUAUACAAGUUCCCUCUUUGUUCAUUUAUUUGGGUACAGUAAGAAAUAGUCUCUUUUAAGCUUUCAGUAUAUAUAAAUUUUAAGAAUGAUACAUACAGUUGAUUCUGUUGAUUAUUACUUGAUCAAUCCCUAGUGGCAUAAGUUCUAGUUUUUUUUUUUAUCCGUGGGAAUCGAAGACAUUGUCAGAGGAUAUGGGUUCUAGUUUUUGGUUUGUUUUAAAUGUUAUUUAUUUACAUGAAAUUAUGAACUGUUAUUUUGCUAUGUAAGAUUUGUGAAUAUGCUUAAAACAUAGGCAUUGAUGUCAUUUAUAUGAACUAUUAUUUUUCUCUGUAAGAUUUGUGAAUAUGGUUAAAACAUAGGUAUUGAUGUCCUUUAUAUGAACUAUUAUUUUGCUAUGUAAGAUUUGUGAACAUGCACAAAACAUAGGCAUUGAUGUCAGCUAUCUGUGGGCUUCCUAUCCUUGAGUGUGUUUAUUGUCUGGCCUGUGCUCGUUGGGUUUGGAAGAAGUGUUUGUACACUGCAGGCUAUGAGAGUGAAAAUUGGGGCCUGGCUACUGCACAAGAAUUUGAGCCUGUGCCUCGGAUCUGUCGGCUAAUCUUAGCCGUCUACGAAGAUGAUAUUCGUAACCCUCAAUGGGCUCCCCAAGGAGGUUAUGGCAUUAAUCCAGAUUGGGUUAUCUUGCGUAAAGACUACAACGAUAACCAAGGUCGCGUUACUCCAUACAUGAUAUACCUUGAUCAUGAUCAUGCUGAAAUCAUACUGGCUGUUAGUGGACUCAAUUUGGGGAAGGAAAGUGAUUAUAUAGUUUUGCUUGAUAACAAGCUGGGACAGGCAGAAUUUCACGGUGGUUAUGUUCAUAACGGGUUGUUGAAGGCAGCGGGAUGGGUUUUUGAUGCAGAAUAUGAGGUUCUCAGGGAGCUAGCUGCAGAAAAUCCAACUUAUAUGUUAAUAUUUACUGGGCAUUCUCUAGGGGCUGGGGUGGUGGCAUUGUUGACAAUGCUAGCAGUCCAUAAUCGAGACAAAUUGGGGAUAUCGAGAAACAAGAUAAGGUGCUUUGCGAUAGCUUCUCCUCGGUGUGCGUCUCUCAACUUGGCUGUAAGAUAUGCAGAUGUGAUCAAUUCUGUUGUACUACAGGAUGAUUUUUUACCUCGAACAACUGCUGCUCUAGAAGACGUCUUCAAAUCACUUUUAUGUUGGCCCUGUUUAUUGUGUAUAAUGUGCUUAAAGGAUACUUGCACACUGGAGGAGAAGAAGCUUAGAGAUCCAAGGCGACUGUAUGCACCUGGUCGGCUCUAUCACAUUGUGGAACGAAAGCCCUUUAGGAUAGGAAGGCUUCCACCUGUCGUUAGAACAGCAGUACCUGUUGAUGGGAGGUUUGAGCAUUUAGUUCUUUCUUGCAAUGCAACUUCUGACCAUGCCAUCAUUUGGAUAGAGAGAGAAUCCCGACGGGCUCUCGAUAUAAUGCGAGAUAACGAUGAGCAUAUGGAGAUUCCAGCAGAGCAAAGGAUGGAGAGGCAUGAAUCUAUCGCUCGAGAACACAGUGAAGAGUACCAUGCAGCCCUUCAGAGAGCAGUUGCUUUGGAUAUUCCUCAAGCAUACUCACCUUCAUCAUAUGGAACAUUUCAUCAAAUUGAUGUUGGGGAGGAUUCUGGAAGAUCAAGUGCCCUUGGUUCCUCCUUGUUUCACAAGAAACGAACACAAAGUUGGAAUGAAUUUAUUGGACGCCUGUUUGAUGUGGAUGACGCUGGUCAUAUGGUGUUCAAAAAGACAUCUCCAUGAAAUAUUUCUUUUUAGCAAAGCUUAGUAAAGCAAUAUUUGCUUGUUCUUCUUCUUCUUC